CAGUCCGAACUCGAGGUUCACUCAGUCCACGAACGUUUGCCACGAGACUUCAAUCUCUCACGCCGCAUCGCACACGCUAUCUCUGUCUCUCUUUCUCUGUCUCUCUACUCACCCGCCUCAUAUCUCUCUCUCUCUCUUUAUCUCUCUUUGUGUCUCUCUCUUUCUCCACUUUUUCCUUUUUUUCCCGCUUGGCGGACGGAGAGCCAAGCUGGUGACCGGGGAGGCGCGCGUAGUAACCGUGCAUCGGUCUACGUCAACGGAAGUCUUGCCGUAGUACCCUCGUGCUUUCGGUUACUCCGACCCAUAUAAUCGUCGUGCUGCGACCCCCGUUCGUCCGCUUCGACCGGCUGCGGAUCUACCUGCGGCGCAGCGAGAUGACUGCUUAUACUGCCAACAUGCAACUUGCUUGAAGCCGUGGCCGGGGAUGAAAGAGGCAUCGUGCAGAUGUUUCUGUGACUUUGAUAGCGGCGUGAAAAACCACAAAGUAACAAAAUGGCUGCGUUUGUGGCGAAGCAGAUGGUCGGGAAUAAGCUCAAUGCGGUUAAAGGUGCGGUAGGCGGCGAAGGAGGUGAUGAGGAUGACAAGGAAAAGGAAGAGGAGGCUGAGAGAGAGAGGCAGGAGGCCAUUAGGGAAGCCGAGGAGCGAAGAAAGGAGAAACAUCGCAAAAUGGAGGAAGAACGAGAGAAGAUGAGGCAAGAGAUCAGAGAUAAGUAUAAUAUAAAGAAAAAGGAGGAGGUGCAGGAAAUGCCACAAGAAGAGCCUAAUCCUCUGAUGCGAAAGAAGAAAACACCGGAGGAACUGGCGGCCGAAGCUGAAGCUGAAGACGAAGAUGAGUUCACCAAACUGAGAAAUACGAUAGAAACGCAAGUGAACGAGAUUAAAUCGCAAAUUGAAAGUAAGUGCAGCCUCCAAUGAGCCUAUUGCAUCGCGCGGCUCGUGAGAAAGAUGACGAUGACAUCACACGUCGUUGUCGGACUUGCGUCCGCCCUGCUGCCCAAAGGAGCAAAGGAGGAGAAAGGGGUAGCGGAAGAGAUAACAAAGCAACGAGAAAGAGGAAAACUGAUACGUGGAGUUACCAACAUUGGAACGCCAUCGUCGUGUCGAUCAAUCGGGGAUUCAUUUCAACAAGUCGAUUGGUCGAUCGUUGCUUAAAGCAAAAUGAACGACGAGAAUGAGCCAGAAGAUAUCCCAAGGAUUUUCAAAGGAUUCCUAAAGAAUUUUUCAUUGCCGUCAUACAUUUGGAUAGAACUUCGGAAAUUGAAAAGAUCCCGUCGAGGAUUUUAUCCCGCAUGAGACUUGAAGUUAGAAAUAAACGAAGAACUACCUUUUAUGCCGAGAAAUGCUAAACAAAUUUGACCAGAAGGCUUGAAUAAUGUGAAAUAUUGAAAAUAAUAUAUUUAUACAAGCUAGAAGAAAUUAGGAAAAAGGAGCUGAAGAAGAUAUAACUUUUUAUUAAAAUCUGAUAAUACUAGAAAGAAAAACUUUCAACUAAACAUAUGCAGCUAAAAUGUAAAAACAGAUUUAAAUCUAUAAACAAGAUUUUUUUAAAAUUAACAAAAUGUAAUAUUAAUGCUGAUAAUUUAUCAAUAAUACCAGUAAAAGAAAUCAUCCACUAAGAAAUAUAAUAAUAAACUUUAAAGAAAUAUUUAUUAUAAAUAUUUCAACAAAAGUAUUAGUUAAACAGCAAAGCACAUGCUGUUAAAUUUACAGUAAGUAGAAAAAAUAUCACAGAACAAAAUAUAUCAACAAAAUAAAAGAUUGAAAGAUGCUUGUUGAGAAAAUACUGAGAUCAAUUUUCUCGACUUCUACGCUAAGCAGAUAUAAACUUCAGUUCAGAAUCCAUGAAUUUGAAAGAAAUUCUCGACGGAUAUCCCGAUGUUCUUUCUUUCGCGCAAAACGAAGAGAUCCAGACAUUGACGACGUUGAAGAGAAAUAAAGUUAAUCACCAAAAAAAAAAUUGACACCAAUAAUUAUCUUAAAGAUCGCGUAAUUAAAUGUCGCGGAGAAGAAUUAAGAAUUCAAAAAUCUAAUCCCAUUUAAUUCGGAAGCAAACAAUACGACAAAACGAGAAAAUAUUUAAAAAAAACCCAAAAAGGAGAGAUGACUGAAAUAUUGUCGAUCGUCGAUGGUGUUCGUGAAGGGAAAAUUCAGGGGGUAGAAACGAUGUAAACGACGAUGAAGACAAAAAGAGAAAGAGAGAGAAUGCUGACUCGACCAGAGUGUGAUUUUUUUAUGUAAUUGUUGCAGUUAAAACGAAGUGUGAAGUGAUGUUGUUUUAUAUAGGAUAAUUAGGUGUUCUGUAGAAUGUGUUUAGAUGUAGCAUAGUUUAUAACAAAUCAAUUAUCUGGUAUGACGAGUGAAGUAUCCAACUGUGGGUACUGAGUUAUUUUCUAUUUAUAGUUCGUCUAGGUAUUCUAUAGUAAUAUGGAGAAUUUUUGGCGCAAUUUGGUGAUUUGAAAAUCUGCUAUUGAUCAUUACAGGAACUGUAACUAAAGAUUCACUCUUUAAUCAUCACCAGUAUUAAUGAUUUGUUCAUCUAGAUAUUUUAUGGAAUAUCUAGUUAUUCUGUAUCUCUGAAGAUCGUGUACUAUAACGAAUGUUUCAAACAUGUUAAUUGAUUCUCGGAUAGGGGUAUAGUAUAGGUAUCCUGCAAUAUUCCUCUGGCAGAUAAUUUUUCGAACGUUCGCAGAGCUCUUCUUUUUUUCAAUUGUUGAAAUCUUUUAAGUUUCGCAUCCGACAACUAUAUAAACUAUCUAGUAAACGGUCUACGAUGACCGUAAUAUCACUUUUAUGAUCUUACAUUCGCUGUAUGGUUACGGCUUCUAUAUAGUUACCCAGGAAGUAACAAGCGUGACUCAUGCAGUGAUCAAUUAGCCGCUUAUUUUUCCGAGAAUAAAGGAUACGUAGCAGGAGGUGAUUGGCUUCUUGCUGUGUAAUUAUAUUGCUGCGAUCUAUGUAUAAGUUGGUCAGAUACGUCGACUAUCAAAUGGGAAACUUCGGAAGCAGUUGAAUAUUCUAAUACGGACCUCGAAACUUCCCUAUUAGAUGGUCAAUUAACAGCUCCAACGAAUAUGUCAUACAAAAGCUGUACUGUGUUUCAUAUUGCUGCACUCAUAGUCUGAUAAUCUUUGUUUCAAUUGCUGUCCUUUUACCUAUCAUAAAGCUUUCUUUUUUAAAUAAUAAUUUUAAAUAAUAAUUAUUGCUGUUUUAACUGAAAAAUGGGUUGCCACGUAAAUUUCUUUAAUUAUGACGUAAAAAGGCAAAUUGCAAUAUUGUAUAAUAAAAUUUAAUAUUUUAACUAAAAAUUGGUCCGAAAUACAAAACAUUCUAAUAUAUAAUUAAUUGUAUAUAUAUGAAAAAAUAUAAAAUUAAAAUUUUUUUAAUUAUGAAAAAGAACAUAAAAGAUCGAAUGAACAUUUGAGAGAGAGACUAUUGAUAAAAACCAAGGAGCAACACUCUUAAAAGAAUUAACUAAUUCUGUCAUCAACUAAUUUGUUAAUCAACUUAUAUCUCUAUGCGAUUAUAUUGAUUUUCACUAUUUGUGGCUAAUGUCAGAAUUUAUAUCUACUAUUACACAUACACGCAAUACACAUUUUUUAGAUAUACUAUUGUUAUACUCACAACAGCCUCACAACACAUUACAUAUUAUUUUUUCACGAUUUACACAAGUGAAAUAAUGGAUUGAAUAGAUAAGAUGUGCAACAAACAUAUCAAAGACAGAUAUAUUCAAGCGCCUAGUACGUUUAAGUACGUUUCACAACUCAUUGAUAAUAAAUUAUAAGUGAUUUAAAUCCACUAAUCCGAUCUACGGGCAAAAGAAAAUGUGCAAAAUUGACGGAAAUAGUUGUGAUAAUAGAAUGAAGAUGAUAGUACAAUAUUUGCUAACAAAAACUUUUCUCAUUGUUUUGUUAAUCAAUACAUUUUAAUUUUUUUGCUAGCAAUUGAUGUUUUGUAGUUGAACGUUAAUUUCUUUGUUUAGAAGUAAAAGUUAACUUACAAUAAUUAUACGUAAUACCGCGCUAUCUGGUCGCGCAGCAUACGGCUCUCGAGAUAGAUACACUUGAAAUAUCACGUGCUCGAAAACGCAAGGUGCAGGGCGGGAUAUUUAACUUCUCUCGCUCGCGUUACAAACAAUAAAAUUUAUAUAUAUGUAUAUAUAUAUAUAUAUAUGUAUGUGUGUAUAUAUGUAUAUGUAUAUAUAAAAUUAUGUUGAUAUAUAUAAACAUAAGUAAAAAAAGAUGAAAGAAGCAAAAAAAGAAACGUAUGUUAGCGCGUUAAGUUUUUAGAAAAGAUUUUUCGGAUAGUGGAAAAAAUAAUAACUGUAGUUGAGUUAUUUGUAGUUAAUAUAUGAGAGUUUGUUCGAUGACUACUUUAAUACACUGAAGAGAGAAGAGAGAGAAGACGGUGAUGAAAGAGUUCUUAUUAUUACUGUUAUCGUUAUUAGUAACGCUACUAUGAUUAUUAAGAAAUUUGUACUUAAUGCGAUAAAAUCACGACGGAAUGUGAAUAUAAUGAUAAUUGCUAGUUCUCUGCCAUUCGUUCAAACAUUAAAUAAGAUUUCUAAUUUAAGAACACAAAAUAAUGAGAUGUUUGAUAUUAUAUCAAUAUUUUAAACUCAGGAAACACACACAGAAGAUAUGACUUAACCACGAAUAAAUUUGAUUAUUAAGAUAUUUAAUAAAAUUUUUAUAUAAAAAGGUUUAAUUUUACACUUAUAUGUUGCUACACUUUUAAGAUUUUUUAAAAUUAUAUUUUUACAUUUUUAUUGCAUUACUUAUUCAAGUAACAAAAUUCCAAUUUAAAUUUAAAUUUAACUAAUUUGGUUUUUAUACGAUAUUUUAUGUCUACUUUCUUAAAUUAUCUAUAAUAACACAUCUACUUGUACAAGGAUUAAUAUACCCUAAAGAAUAAAAGCAAAAAUAAAAAGU